CUUAAUUUGGGGUCACAGAGCCCCCAGCUCCCCAAACCUCGGGGCUCCCCCCACCCCAAACUCCCACGGGACCCCCUGGGAAUGGGGGUGGGGGGAUCCUGGGAAUUUUGGGGCAUCCUGGGAAUUUUGGGGGGAUCCUGGCAACUUUGGGGCAUCCUGGGAAUUUUGGGGGGGAUCCUGGGAAUUUCGGGGUGUGCUUCAACCCGUCCCCCUCCCCAAUUUGGGGUCUCCACCCCCCAAAUUUGGGGUCGUUCCCCCCCCCCCCAGCUGGACCCCCUGGAGCCCCGAGCGACGCCGACCCCCAAGCGCCCCCACGGCGCCGCGCUCUUCGCCGUGCUCUCCCUGCUCUUCCUCCUCACCCUCCUCCUCCUCCUCCACCUGCGCCCCCGCGGCGCCGCCGACGUCCCCUGCGGGGACACCUGCAGGAUCGUGCUGGUGGAGAGCAUCCCCGAGGGCAUGGCGGCGGCGGCGGCCGGCGCGGCCACGUCCGAGGCGUGGCUGGGGCUGCUGGCCGCGGCGCGGCGCAGCGUGGACAUCGCCUCCUUCUACUGGACACUGACCAACGCCGACACGGGCACGCGCGAGCCCAGCGCCGCACAGGGCGAGCGGGUCCUGGCGGAGCUGCGGCGGUUGCCGGCCCGCGGCGUGGCCGUGCGCGUGGCGGUCAGCGCGCCCUCGCCCACGGCGCCGCUGGACGACCUGCGGGCGCUGGAGCGCAGCGGUGGGCCGGUGCGCGCCGUGGACCUGCCGCGCCUCACCGGCGGCGUGCUGCACACCAAGUUCUGGCUGGUGGACGGCGCCCACCUCUACAUCGGCAGCGCCAACAUGGACUGGAGGGCCUUGACGCAGGUGAAGGAGCUCGGAGCCGCCAUCUACAACUGCAGCUGCCUGGCCCAAGAUCUGGGCAAGAUCUUCGAGGCCUACUGGGCCCUGGGCGUCCCCGGCGCGUCCAUCCCGGCGCCGUGGCCGGAGAGUUUCUCCACCUCCAUCAACCUGCAGACGCCGCUGGAGGUGACGCUCAACGACACCGCCGCCGCCGUCUUCUUCUCGAGCUCCCCGGCGCCGCUGUGCGCCGCGGGCCGCACGCCGGACCUGGAGGCGCUGCUGGCCGUCAUCGACGGCGCCGAGGCCUUCGUGGACGUGGCGGUGAUGAGCUACGUGCCGGGCACCGAGUUCUCGCGGCCGCGGCGCUUCUGGCCGGCCAUCGACGAGCGGCUGCGGCGCGCCGCGGUGGAGCGCGGCCUGCGGCUGCGGCUGCUGGCCGGCUGCUGGCCCCACAGCCACCCGGCCAUGUUCCCCUUCCUGCGCUCGCUGGCCGCGCUCGCCGACAACCGCACCGGCUACCGCGUGCAGGUGCGGCUGUUCCUGGUGCCGGCCAGCGCGGCGCAGAGCCGCAUCCCCUUCGCCCGCGUCAGCCACACCAAGUACAUGGUGACCGACAAGGCCGCCUACGUGGGCACAUCCAACUGGUCCGGGGAUUACUUCGAGCGCACGGCGGGCUCGGCGCUGGUGGUGGCGCAGCCCGGGCCGGGCCCCGUCCUUCCGGAGCGGCUCGGGGCCGUCUUCGAGCGGGACUGGAGCUCCGGGCACAGCGUGGACAUCGGCGACACCGCGGGCUGGGCCGGGCGCUGCGGGCCCCGCUAGCGCCGGGGGGACGCGCGGGGGCCGCGGGUUUGGGGGGGGAAAUAAAAGAAACGGGUUUUGUGGA